AUUAGCUUGGAUCUUGUCAAGUUUGAGAACCACAAGAAGUAAAAAUAUCUUAAAUUCUAAAUUCUAAUCACUCCGAAUUUCAAGGUGCAAUUUUCUUUAGGCUCUCUCUACUUAAGAUUGUCCAAACUUUUAAGAAGCCGAGAUUACCUCGGAGUAGUAUUGAUUUCAUCACCUCUAUUUAUUGUAUUUUCUUUUUAUAAAUCUAACUUUUUUAGUUCACACAAAUAUAAUAAUGAUAUUUUGGUAUAAUUAGUUGUAUUGUUGUACUGUGCAACGGUACAACCUACGCAUGGUGCUUCCAAAAAUUCGUACUUAGAAUAUUUUGCUCCCUCUGAUCCCCAAUUAAGCUCAUAAUUUCACUUUUUGAGUUAAGAUUUAUAAACUUUGAUCAAUAAUUAUUCAAAGUUAACAUUAGUUUAUUCGUUAUUACACAAAAUUAAUUUGAUAUAUUUCAUUGCAAUAUAUAUAUUAUUCAAAUUUAGUUUAUUAUAGAUUUUAUAAGUAUAGAUUUUUAGAUACAUAAUGUCAAACUUUCACUUAAUUAAAACAACAUAGUAUAAAGUCAAAUUAAAAGUUUAAUUGGGGAAGGAAGUAUGCAGUGGAGUAUAUGGAGGAAAAGAUAUAUGUCAAAACAAUAUAGUGUUGUGCUCGAUCAUUGUAGGCAAAUAUAUACUUCAUACACAAGUAGAUGGUUCAUCAUAAUUAAGUUCAUUGAGAAUGAAUUAUUGUUAAUUUUAUAUCAAAAUUAUAUUAUUGCUCUAGUUCCUCAGAUGUCAGAUCACUCCGUUGGUGAAUCUACUUUUGUUUGAUUCGGAGCUUGAGUUUGCUACUUCAACAAAAAAAUACUUACACUGCUUCGUCCCGAAAAGGAGAAUUUCUAGAACAGUGUAGAGAUUUAAGACCGGCUCAGACCUCAAUCACCAAAUCAUGAAAGUUGUUCGUCGAUCAUCCAAUCACCAGAGGGUUUCAAAAGGAAAAAGGGGAGGGCAACAACCAGUGGCGUAUCCAAAAAAUUCGACCAGUGGGGGAAAAUUUACACUAACAUUAUCACACAAUUUUUAGGAAAGAAAUAUUAAUUAAAAAAUCCACAGUUUACUAAAAUUAAAAUAAAUUUUUAUAAGAAAUAGAUGAAAUAUUUAUAUAUAAGUUUAUAACUAAUUUAAGUUACAAAUGAACAAGUGUGUUUUAAUGCUAAGUGAGAAAAGAUGUGAUUGAAAUUACAAAAUAAUAAAUUAUUUUAAACUAAUUUGUUGAUUAAGUACAAAAUCAAAUAUAUAAAAGAAUUGGAUAAAGUAUGUAACUAUAAGUGCUUUAAGUUACAAUUAAACUAGUUUUAAUAUUAAGUGUGAAAAGAUGUUAUUAAAAAUACAUACUUGGUAGCAUUUAGUAGCUACAUUAAAAAAAAUUAAUUGAAAUCUUAAGUUUAGACAAAUUUUAAACAGUUGUAAUAGGGCAAAAAAAUAAAUCAAACAGGAUUGGAGCUGGGAAGAUUUGAACCCUUGACGGAAAAGCAGACCGUGUAACACUCCAUCGAGUUGGCUAGUACACUAGCUUUGUCAUUUCCGGACUUUAAGCAUUAUUAUACUGUAUAUAAGACAAUAAUAUAUAUAUAUAUACACACACACAAAUAAAUUUUGAUAUAUAUAAUUGGGUAAGGUGGAGGUUGAGUGGGGGCAGCUGCCCCCUGCCCCCACACUAGAUACGCCCCUGGCAACAGCCACAACACUCAACAUCACACAAAAGGAACCCACCAGAGAACCCCUCCAACCCACCGGCCAAGAGUGAAGCACCCAAAGGUAUCCCAGGAGAUCAUCGAAGGGUGGCCGGAGCACAACCCAAGACAUUUCCACACUCUCUCACUCUAGAACCAGGGCAACACUCUGAAUGACUCAUCGAAGAAGGAGAAGGGAGCGGAAGUAAAUAUUGAUCUCUAGAAGGAACGUGACAAAUAUAUCAAAGGGUCACUAGAGUCACGGGGUGGACAUGAUAAACAAGGGACGAGUGAGCUUAUUAUGGGAGAACCCAAUAUGGGCCAGGCUCAUUAAAUGCUAAUGGGGUCAAUACCACUCACAUUAUCUACCUUAUUGGCACUUGGUGUGAAGCAUAUUGUGAAAGGGAGGAUCAUCAUCGCCGGUUUUUUGCGUGCCUAUUCUUAUCUAGCCACAGUCUAAAUUAAGUGUUUGUUUACAAGAUAAAAGUUUUUCAAAAGAGAGACAUUUAGUCCCCAUAUCAGCUGGGUUAAACUCAGAAGCAAUCUUGCAUAGCUUUAGUUCUCCUUUGUCAACAAUAUCCCUGAUAAAAUGAAAUCUGACAUCGAUGUUCUUGGUCCUAUCAUGGAAUACAGGAUUUUUGCACAAUUGGAUAACUGACUGGCUAUCUGAGUACACAGUCACAACCUGCUUAAGAAAACCAAUUUCAGUACCAAAAGUGUUUCUAUCGCAAUAGUCGAGAACUAAAAAUGAAAAAAAUCACGGUCGAGUACCAAAACUGUUAAUGACAUGAUAGUCGGAGGUCUAAAAAUGAUAAUUUUCACAAUUUGCAGAAUUAUCUGAAAAUAAAAGGAGUUUGUGAAGAUGAAAUACUCAUCUGGAUAAAAUUUCUCACAAUUUUGUGAAGAUUCAGUUUGUGAAGAAAUGGACUUUCUUGUGCGUAUAGAUGUCUCUGUGUGCAAUCAAAACACAUGCUGCAAUGGUUUAUGGAGUAUUUGUUUUCUACACAUCCGACUCACCAUAUGUUUUAAUAAUUGUAUCAAUUUUUAAUUUACGUGGCCCCACAUCAUAUUUCCUUGAGAGCAAACAAAAGAUGUUAGUUUUAUGAUCUUUCAGAUAUGAUUUAAGUUAUCAUUUGGGGUCCAAAAUCGAUAACAUGGUCAACUUUCUGUUCUUGAAUUGGAGCGAUAAUAUUCCUUUUAACAAACUAAUUAAAGAACGAAUUCGGCCACAUAUCAUUCAUAUUUCACAGGCAAAUGAGGGUAACAGAAGAAACUAAUUAAGGGCAAAGUAGCAGAUUUACACCGUUGCUUUGGAAGCUAGCUAGCUACCUAGUACUACAAUAUAAUACUACGUUGGAAAGAAGAAACCUAAUUAUAACCGCAACAAGAACUGGAGACAGAGCUGGAGCGGUAGAGAGAGGACGAAGAAUUCAAGAACUCAAUGCAGUCCUCAAUGGCUUCUGCUCUCUGGGAAUCCAUUGAUCUCUCUGCAUAUGAUCUGGACCUUCCCAGCUGGCUGCUGCUCGCCGAAGAGACCUUCCGAGAGCACCGUCUCUUUCGUUCCGAACUCGAAACGAGACGUACCAUAUUCGCUCCGAUAUGCUUCAGAAAUCUCACCGCCGAAAACUCCGACGACCAGGAUGGAGACUCUCCCUCUUCCUUAAUAGUACUCUUUUUGUUCUUGUUCUUGUAGAGGUUGUUCAGUAUUGGUUUUUCAUGGUAGCCUUCUGGACUGAAACUCACUCUCUUGCUAAUUAUUCUUGACAUUUUUUGGGUGGAAAGAUGGAGACUUAUCUAAUAAGAUAUUGUUUUUCUCUGGGUAGGAUAUGAGGAAGAAGAGAUGGUGUUACAGGUGAUAGAUGGUGGAGGGGUAUUUAUUGGAAAUUGAUGAAAAAAGUAGUCAAUCCAUGCAAUUUUGGACGCGAUUUUAACUAUGGGUCAUCCGGAAACAGUCUCUAUGUGUUUUAGUACAGAGCUGCAGUACUGCCCAACUUUGAUCCCUCUCAGUUUUGCAAUCAAGGACAGAUAGAGAUGGAAGUUGCAAGUGAGGAGUGGGAGCUAGCGUGGCUCAGCCCUUCCUCAAUUCAUACUGAAUCUGCUGAGACCACUUCAAGGCCCAGGCGUAUUGUUCUCUUUGUUGAGCCCUCUCCUUUCUCAUAUAUAUCUGGAUACAAGAAUCGCUUCCAGAAUUUCAUCAAAUAUCUGCGGGAAUUAGGCGAUCAGGUUAUGGUUGUGACAACACUUCAAGGGCUUCCACAAGAAUUUUAUGGGACGAAAUUGAUAGGGUCACAAAGCUUUCCUUGUCCCUGGUACCCUAACUUGCGGCUUUCUCUGGCUCUUAGCCCUAGAAUUAUAUCAGAGGUGUUGAAAUUCAAGCCUGACAUUGUGCAUGCUUCAUCACCUGGUAUAAUGGUAUUUGGUGCUCUAAUCAUUGCAAAACUCUUGUCUGUGCCCAUAGUUAUGUCUUACCAUACUCACGUUCCAGUAUACAUUCCAAGAUACACUUAUAGUUGGUUGGUCCAGCCUAUGUGGUUAAUCAUAAAACUUCUUCAUAGAGCUGCUGAUCUUACGCUUGUUCCUUCUGCUGCAAUUGCGAAAGAUCUGAAAGAUAAUGAUGUCACAGAUGCUAACAAAAUCCGUUUAUGGAAUAAGGGCGUCGAUUUCCAUAGCUUUCAUCCACAAUAUCGUUCACAUGAAAUGAGACUAAGACUCAGUAAUGGAGAACCGGACAAGCCGCUGAUAGUCCAUGUUGGCCGACUUGGAGUUGAGAAGAGCUUGGAUUUUUUGAAAAGGCUCAUGGAUAGAAUUCCAGACACUCGAAUAGCUUUUAUAGGAGACGGUCCAUACAGGGAGGAACUGGAGAAGAUGUUCUCGGGCACGGGGUGUGCGGUGUUCACGGGCAUGUUAUCAGAAAAGGAGUUAUCUCAGGCUUAUGCUAGUGGAGAUGUUUUCGUGACGCCUUCUGAGUCAGAGACACUUGGGCAAGUGGUUCUGGAGGCCAUGUCGUCCGGACUUCCCGUGGUGGCAGCUCGUGCGGGAGGCAUUCCAGAAAUCAUUGCGAACAAUCAAGAAGGAAAGAUUGGGUAUUUGUUCAAUCCUGGAGAUGUUGAUGACUGUUUAAAGAAACUUGAGCCUCUUCUCUGGAACCGAGAGUUGAGAGAAACCAUUGGCAGAGCUGCACGCGAAGAAACGGAGAAAUAUGAUUGGAAGGCUACCACUGCAAAGAUUAGGAAUGAGGAGUAUAGUGCUGCCAUUUGGUUUUGGAGGAAGAAGAGAACCCAAUGGCAAUGGCCUUUCCCAUGGUUGUUUAAACCUUUUUUCCUGUAGAAACCAGCUGAUGUUGGUAAAUCAUUUACUUGUAAAAACAUAAUUACAUUGUCCAUAAGAGUAAAUAUUAGGGAACUCAUAGUUUCCAGUUUUAUAUGCUUUACUCCCCUUUAAAACCAUUAUAUUUCUGGAUUUUGAAACCUGUCUUGGUCUA